CAUCAUCAAUUUAGGGUUUUGUUUCUGCUAUCUUAACAGCACACAAGGGACUGUAGAGCUCGAAGACGCCAUGGCGAGAAUCAAGGUUCAUGAGUUGCGGGAGAAAUCGAAAUCGGACCUUUCUGCUCAGCUGAAAGAUCUGAAGGCGGAGCUUGCUCUCCUCCGCGUCGCUAAGGUCACUGGUGGUGCUCCUAACAAGCUCUCUAAGAUCAAAGUGGUGAGGAAGUCGAUCGCGCAGGUCUUGACUGUGACUUCACAGAAACAAAAAUCUGCACUGAGAGAGGCAUACAAAAACAAGAAGUUUUUGCCACUCGAUCUUCGUCCCAAGAAGACUAGAGCCAUCAGGAGAAGACUAACCAAGCACCAGGCGUCGCUGAAGACAGAACGAGAGAAGAAGAAAGAAAUGUACUUUCCAAUUAGAAAGUAUGCCAUCAAAGUUUAAUAAUCCCUUCUUGUUGUCUCCCUCUGUUUUAAUUGCUUGUCAAAGAUCUUCUUCAUCUUCUCUGAUUUAUGUGAACGAUCUUUGAAUUAGAGAUUUUUAUUCGUCAAACGUAUCACACUGUUGAAACAGUAGCUCCAGCCUUGAGGGGUUUGGUUCGUUUUAUCUAAACCGGAAAGUCCGGACCGAGUUUGUGUUUUCGGUUUUAUUUUCCAUAUAAUUAAAUCCAAGAAUAUAUCAUAACCGAACCGGA